GAAGAAGAAGAAACGUGUUCUCCGCACAGGAAAUUCUCUAAGAAAACUUCUGUUUAAACUUACACUGCGGUGAAUUCUUGAGACGUAUUGGCUAUCGUGAUUACAAGUGCAUUUCAAGAUGUCUUCUCUACGCAAUGCAGUCAAGACCCAACGUGAACACAGGGAAAGACACCAGCCUCAGAGUCGGCAACAUCUAGGGGCAUUGGAAAAGAAAAAAGACUACAAGAAACGAGCAAAAGACCAGAAUCAGAAAAAAACGGUGUUGAAGUUACUGACAAAAAAAGCUCUCACCAAAAACCCAGAUGAAUUUCAUUAUCACAUGAUUAACAGUGAGUUGAAGGAUGGUGUCCACUAUGUGCGUGUGAAGGACGAGGAGCUGGCCGUCGGGCAUGUGCGGUAGGACUUGACCUAUAUCACCCACCGCCGUGCCAUUGAGAGGAAGAAGAUUGAGAAACUUAAGGCUCAGCUGCACCUGCUGGAGACAGACUCAGAGGAGCCAAAGAACUCGCAUGUCCUCUUUGUCGAUGAUGAGAAAGAAGGUAGAGAGAGAAGCUCCCCACCCAACUCCACUCCAGAAACUCUUAAAGACUUCCUAAAGUUCCUAAACAUGACCCAAGAGAAUGCUCCACUCUAUCAUCCACCCUCUAAUAGCUAUUUGCUCUACAUUCAUUUUUUCCUCACACAGUACACAAGAUGGAAUACCAUGUGUAACUGUCUGAAGAGUUACAUAAAGAACUGGCCAGCUAUCACGAACAUUUGUGGAGUUGAUAAGGAGCAGAUUGAUGUCAGAAAAGUAACCAUUUCAAAGGGCAAAGCCUACAAAGAACUGGCCAAAUAGAUAGAGAGAGAGGACAAACUGCGCAUUAUGCAUGAGAAGUUGGAAGUGCGGCAGCAGCUCAUGAAAAACAAGGAGAAACAAGGCAAACCUCCAAAGUUAGUUGCCGAGGGAACCAGUACCUCUGCACCCGUGUACAAGUGGCCACAGGAACGACAAAAAUAAAAGCUCAAAGAA